GGCGGGAGGUGGUGGAUUUCCGCUUCCGGCGGACGCCAUUUGCAGCGGCGGCGCCUCCUCCAGUCGGGGCGCAGCUUCUGAUUCCUGCCGGGGCCUCUCCGUCUCUUUCCACCACCCGCCCCGUCUCCCGGGUUCCUGCAGCCGAGGAUGGAGCAGGUGGCGCCGCCGCCCGGCCCGGCCGCUGGAUCACAGCCCUGGAGAAGCAAGUGUCCUUGGGGAUCGCCACCUUCCACUGUAACUCCCUGCUCCCUUUCCGAUGUAAUGAGUGAAGAGCUUGCUAAAGAACUGCAGCAACAGGAAGAGAGUGCAGCAUUCCCUCAUGUCAUUGGAAUUGAUACGACAGCUCUUAUUGGAGAGGGGACUGAAACUUCCAGUGAUCUCCUGCUCGCCCAGAUGCUACAGAUGCAAUUUGACCGUGAAUAUGAUGCACAACUUCGCCGGGAAGAAAAUAAAUUCAAUGGUGGCAGCAAAGUUUCCAUUUCUUUUGAGAAUUAUCGAAUGGUUCAUCCUUUUGAAGACAGUGAAAGCUCGGAUGAUGAAGUUGAUUGGCAGGAUACUCGGCACGAUCCCUAUGGUCCUGAUAAACCUUCAACAAAUGCAAAACGUGGAUUUGUAGGAAAGGGCAGAGAGAUUACCACCAAGCAUGACGAAGUGACUUGUGGCAGAAGGAACACUGCUCGAAUGGAAAAUUUUGCUCCAGAGUUCCAAGUUGGCGAUGGAAUCGGGAUGGAUUUGAAACUAUCUAACCGUGUUUUCAAUGCACUAAAGCAGCACUCGUAUUCUGAACAGCGUCGCAGUGCCAGGAUUCACGAGAAGAAAGAACAUUCCACCUCUGACCAAGCUGUAGACUCGAAAACUCGUUUGCUGCUGUACAAAAUGGUGAAUGCUGGGGUAUUGGAAAGCGUCAGUGGCUGCAUCAGCACAGGCAAAGAGUCUGUGAUCUUCCAUGCUAAAGGAGGAAGCAUGGAUGACAAAAUGGUUCCAUCAGAGUGUGCCAUCAAAGUUUUUAAAACGACACUUAAUGAGUUCAAAAACCGUGAUAAGUACAUCAAAGAUGAUUAUAGAUUCAAAGACCGCUUUAGCCAUCUGAAUCCUCGCAAAAUCAUUCGCAUGUGGGCAGAGAAGGAGAUGCACAACUUGGUCAGAAUGCAGGAAGCUGGAAUUCCCUGUCCAGAGGUGGUUAUGCUUAAGAAGCAUGUUCUGGUGAUGUCCUUCAUUGGCCAGGAUCAUGUGCCAGCUCCUAAAUUAAAGGAUGUUAAACUCAGCUCCGAAGAUAUGAAACGUGCCUACUACCAGGUCUUAUAUAUGAUGCAGCAACUGUACACAGGAUGUAAGCUUGUUCAUGCUGAUCUGAGUGCGUACAACAUGCUGUGGCACAUGGGGAAGGUUUGGCUGAUUGAUGUCAGUCAGUCUGUGGAACCUACUCACCCUCAUGGGCUUGAGUUUCUCUUCAGGGACUGUAAGAAUGUUUCUCAGUUCUUCCAGAAGGCGGGAGUUGUGGACGCAAUGGGUGAAAGGGAGCUUUUCAAUGCUGUCUCUGGUUUAGAUAUUACAGCGGAUAAUGAAGUGGACUUCAUUGUUCAGAUUGAAGCUUUGGAAAAAAUCAAUGAAGACCAUGUCCAACAAAUAGGGAAACGGGCGAGAAUGAUUCAUGAAUGUGAAAUUCCAGCAGAGGAUUAAAGGAGGACUGGCUUUUAAAACAUUUUGCAGACUGAUCUUUGCAAGCUGGGCUUGAACAGCGAUGGAAAUUUGAUUGUGCAAUUUAAUUUGAUUUAAAAUUAGAUUAUCGAUAGGUUUGUAUACAGUAAUUGGUAUUUGCGACAGAAAUUAGACUGGUGUGGUGAUGUUGAAGAUGCUACUGGUGUUCCCUUUGUCUACACCAUUUAUGUUAAUUUGGCACCUGUGACAGAGAAAUGCUCUGCAUUCUCUUGUGUUGGCAGAUUUUCAAACCAAAUAAACAAUGCAUCUUGACUUUAAAUUACAUUUUGAGUGAAAGCCAUAUUUUGACGUUUGGAGCGUAACCACAAAAUGUUGCACGUUUUACAUGGUCACAUUGAAAUGGGGUGAGAGUGAUGCGCACAUUCGCUGUGUUAUUUUAUGAAAUUGUAAUCCCUUUAUUUACCAUUUUGAUGUGUUGUGAAAGAUGCCGCUGCAGUGCAACACCUGCACUCGAGCUAUAACUUUUUCCAACCAGAUUCUCUGAGACCUCUGCAAAUGCUGAGGGCAGCAGAAUGUAAUCUGAAGAAGUAAUUUGGCUUUUAAUUCACUUUUUAAAAAUUAGUUCGAAACUUCUUGUGGCAUUAUGAGGUGAUUUUGUAACUCAUCUCACAAUUUGUUUAAACAAUACAUAAUGAAAUUCUGUUUGUAUUCAACAGAUUACUAAUGAAUCUAAAAGGUAUUAAAAUAUUUGGGAUCAAA